AUGAAAAUUUUUUUUGGGAAAAUAGUCAAUAGAAAUUGUGAAAAAUCAAUUUUCCAUAUAAUUUUAAAAGUUUCAAAAAAAUUUAACGAAAAUUCUAAAAAAGUUGCAUCUCCUGAAACAGACAUUACAUCUCUUGCAAUUAACACUACAACUUUUAUGCCUGAUACUAUAGCUCCAACUGCACUUUCGAAUUCUCUAGAUAAAACACCUAUUCUCACAACUCCAACUGCUUUUUUUCAUACAACAAAUAACAAUUUAUCUUCAAAUCAGACAGAUAGUAUCCAACUGCAGAACCAACAAAUUAUACAUGCCCCUCUUAAACAGGUUCAACAACAUGUAAAUGGAAUAAACUGUACUGGAAACACUUCACCAUGUCCAAGUGCGAUUGCUCCAGAUACUUUGACGCCAACAACAUCAAGUGACCCUACCGAAGUUACGCCUACUCUUACACCUAAAGGUAAUUUAUUAAUACCAAUGGUUUCAGUAGGUAUAUUUAUUUUGGGAAUUAUUUUUCUUUUGGUUCUUAUUUGUAAAUGUACUCCUAUUGGAUCUUGGAUUCGUUAUAGGAAGUCAAAAAAAAAAAAAGCAAGAAAAAAGAUUAAGAAAAUAACAAGGGAACCGUUGUUAAUGGAUACAAACAAUAUAAAGAAUGAACCAAUAAAUAAUGAAAAUUAUUCGUUCUUAUACCAUGAAAAAGAAAUACCACUAUGUGAUAUGAUUUUGGAAAAUGAAAAAGAUUUGAAGUAUAAACAUGUGAAGAAAUCCAAAGCACAUAAAGGAAUGUAUAUGGAAAAUGGAAAAGACUUGAAGCAUGAAAAAAUGAAGAAAUCCAAAGCACAUAAAGGAAUGUGCAUGAAGAAUAAAAAAGAUUUGAAGUAUGAACAAAUCCAGAAAUCUAAUGCUCACGAAGAAACGUAUAUGGAAAAUGACAUAGAUUUGAAGUUUGAACAAAUUAAAAAAUCCAAAACACAUGAAGGAACCUAUAUGGAAAAUGAAAUAGAUUUGAAGUAUGAAGAAAUAAAGAAAUCCAAAGCACAUAAAGGAAUGUACAAGAAUAAUGAAAAAAAUUUGAAGUAUAAACAAGUGAAAAAAUCCAAAGAACAUGACGGAAUGUAUAUGGAAAAUGAAAAAGAUUUGAAGUAUGAACAAAUAAAGAAAUUCAAAUUGCAUGAAGUAACAUAUAUGGAAAAUGAGGAUGAUUUGAAGUUUGAACAAAUGAAAGAAUCCAAAGAAAAUGAAGGAAUGUAUAUGCAAAAUGAAGAGGAUUUGAAUUAUGAACAAAUAAAGAAAUCCAAAUCGCAUGAAGGAACGUAUAUGGAAAAUAAAGAAGAUUUGAAUUAUGAACAAAUAAAGAAAUCCAAAUCGCAUGAAGGAACGUAUAUGGAAAAUAAAGAAGAUUUGAAUUAUGAACAAAUAAAGAAAUCCAAAUCGCAUGAAGAAACGUAUAUGGAAAAUGACAAUGAUUUGAAGUUUGAACAGAUUAAAAAAUCCAAAAUACCUGAUGGAACCUAUAUGGAAAAUGAAGUAGAUUUGAAGUAUGAAGAAAUGAAGAAAUCCAAAGCACAUGAAGGAAUAUAUAUGGAAAAUGAAAAUAAAUGCAUUCGUGAAGUUGUAGAAAUGUCAAAGAAGCACGAAAAUGAAUCGAUAUUGGGAGAAAAAUUAUAUCAAGAUGAUCCUAGAAAUGAAAUUGAAGAAAUUGAAUUGAAUGUAAAUAAAUCUAGAAAUGAAAUUAAAGAUGAAUUAAAUAAAAAUAUAUUAGAAAAAGACCCUGUUCAUAUUGUAUGGCAUAUUAGGAAUGGCACAUUAAAUGAGGAAAAAGCAAAUGAAAUAAACUUGCAAAAAGAAAAAUCUACAUGUGAAAAUGAAAUGAAAAAUUUAGAAAAUAAAAGAUCACUUAAUGAUGAAGUAUGUAGUUGGAAUACAUGGAUAAAUAUACAUUUGAUAGCCUUACUUGAGUAUAAAACAGAAGAAUGGAAAUUGAAUAAAACCGAAUUUUUUAAUAUUUGUUUAGAAGAGAUCAAAAAAGAUGGAGAAAAUUCUAAUUUAAAAGAAAUUGGAAAUAAUUUUGUAAUGAAAAUAAAAGAAGAAAAUAAUACCGAUACAAUAGAUAAAAAUAGUAGUAUAUUAGAUAAAUAUAAAAAUGAAGAGUGGUUUNCGUAUAUGGAAAAUAAAGAAGAUUUGAAUUAUGAACAAAUAAAGAAAUCCAAAUCGCAUGAAGGAACGUAUAUGGAAAAUAAAGAAGAUUUGAAUUAUGAACAAAUAAAGAAAUCCAAAUCGCAUGAAGGAACGUAUAUGGAAAAUAAAGAAGAUUUGAAUUAUGAACAAAUAAAGAAAUCCAAAUCGCAUGAAGGAACGUAUAUGGAAAAUAAAGAAGAUUUGAAUUAUGAACAAAUAAAGAAAUCCAAAUCGCAUGAAGGAACGUAUAUGGAAAAUAAAGAAGAUUUGAAUUAUGAACAAAUAAAGAAAUCCAAAUCGCAUGAAGGAACGUAUAUGGAAAAUAAAGAAGAUUUGAAUUAUGAACAAAUAAAGAAAUCCAAAUCGCAUGAAGGAACGUAUAUGGAAAAUAAAGAAGAUUUGAAUUAUGAACAAAUAAAGAAAUCCAAAUCGCAUGAAGGAACGUAUAUGGAAAAUAAAGAAGAUUUGAAUUAUGAACAAAUAAAGAAAUCCAAAUCGCAUGAAGGAACGUAUAUGGAAAAUAAAGAAGAUUUGAAUUAUGAACAAAUAAAGAAAUCCAAAUCGCAUGAAGGAACGUAUAUGGAAAAUAAAGAAGAUUUGAAUUAUGAACAAAUAAAGAAAUCCAAAUCGCAUGAAGAAACGUAUAUGGAAAAUGACAAUGAUUUGAAGUUUGAACAGAUUAAAAAAUCCAAAAUACCUGAUGGAACCUAUAUGGAAAAUGAAGUAGAUUUGAAGUAUGAAGAAAUGAAGAAAUCCAAAGCACAUGAAGGAAUAUAUAUGGAAAAUGAAAAUAAAUGCAUUCGUGAAGUUGUAGAAAUGUCAAAGAAGCACGAAAAUGAAUCGAUAUUGGGAGAAAAAUUAUAUCAAGAUGAUCCUAGAAAUGAAAUUGAAGAAAUUGAAUUGAAUGUAAAUAAAUCUAGAAAUGAAAUUAAAGAUGAAUUAAAUAAAAAUAUAUUAGAAAAAGACCCUGUUCAUAUUGUAUGGCAUAUUAGGAAUGGCACAUUAAAUGAGGAAAAAGCAAAUGAAAUAAACUUGCAAAAAGAAAAAUCUACAUGUGAAAAUGAAAUGAAAAAUUUAGAAAAUAAAAGAUCACUUAAUGAUGAAGUAUGUAGUUGGAAUACAUGGAUAAAUAUACAUUUGAUAGCCUUACUUGAGUAUAAAACAGAAGAAUGGAAAUUGAAUAAAACCGAAUUUUUUAAUAUUUGUUUAGAAGAGAUCAAAAAAGAUGGAGAAAAUUCUAAUUUAAAAGAAAUUGGAAAUAAUUUUGUAAUGAAAAUAAAAGAAGAAAAUAAUACCGAUACAAUAGAUAAAAAUAGUAGUAUAUUAGAUAAAUAUAAAAAUGAAGAGUGGUUUGUUAAUUUGAAGAAAGAAUGGGAACAAGAACAAAAAAAACACUUAGAAUAUUUAGAAGAACAUGAAAUUAAAAAAAUGUCAGAAUUGGGAUUAAACAAUUUUAUUCUAGGUAAAAAAAAAAAAAUAUGGAAGGAAUGGAUAGAAUGGCAAAUAAAGCAUUCAUACGAAUACAAAAAUCAGAAAUGGUUUGUACAAUUGCUAGAAGAAUAUGAAAAAGAAGAAAAAGAAGAAAUUUUAAAGGAAAAAAAUAUAGAGAAAGAAGGAAAUAAUGGAAUAGAUAAAAAUGAAAUGAAGAAAAAUUUGGAAAGGAGAAUUUUGUUAGAUAUUUAUAUGAUGUUAUUAGAGGAAUGUAUAAAAGAAGAGUUGCAAAAAGAAGAAGAAUUUUAUAAAACAAACAUAAUAGAGAUGAGGAAAUUUAAAAAUUUGGACGAAGAAGCAAAUAAAUUAGAAAAAAUAGAAAAAGAAAGAAGUUCGAAUGUUAUAUCAGAGAAAGAAAAAGAGGAAAUAGAAAAAUGGAAAAAGGAAAAAUGGUUUAUUGAGUUAAUGUUAGAAUGGAAAAAUAAUGAAGAAAAAUAUAUGAUGGAGAUAAAUAAAGAAAUUUUAGCAAAAAAGGAUCAAGGAAGAGUAAUAGAUAUUAUCUUAGAAAGACAAGGCAAUAUAUUGAAAAAACACUGUGAAAAUAUUUGUAGAAAGUGGAAAGAAAAUGACAACAAUGAAGAAUGGUUUACAAAGUUAGUUAAAGUACAUGAAAAUGAAGAGAAAGAAUAUAAAAGUAGAAUUGAUAAAAAAAGUAUAGAAAAAAAAAAAGAAAAUGUAAAAACCAUAGAAAUUUGUGAACCACUAACGGAGUUUAACAAUAAGGGAGAAGAAAAAAUGAUAAAAUAUGAAAGGAAUAGUUCACAGGAAUCAUAUGAAAAGAAUAAUUCUACAGUAAACAAAAAAAAAUUAAAAUGGAAGACUUUAAUAGAAAUAUAUAUGGUAAUAUUGGAGGAAUAUAGAAAAGAGGAGUGGUUAUUGAAUAAAAAUAAAAAUAAAAAUAAAACUUAA